CACAACUGCAGGAACAUCCAAGUCCCACAACACAGUGGAGAUAACACGCGUUGUCACUGGGCUAACGUGGGAAAGUGUGAACCUCUGUACCAUAAAAUACCAAGUACCUUUUUUUAUUGUCAUUAAUGUCUUGUAUUUAUUAAAAAAAAUCAUUGAAAAUUAUGGCACCAGUUUUGAGUAAAUACGUAACGAGGAGAACUGCUGCUGGAGCAUUUGCAUUGAGUGCACUGAUCUGGUUGCUGAAGAGGAAACGAAAUAAAAGAACUGCCAAAGCCAGGGUUCUGUGGCCGGCGAAUGAUGUGCAGUACGUCAUUAAUGAGCAGGGGAAACCCAAGGGUCCCAGGGCACACGUCGAUGCCGCUUUCUUCCGACAACUCUAUCGACUGCUGGCAAUCGGAAUACCUGGGGCAUUGUCUCCUGAAGCUGGAUUUGUCCUGCUCAUUGCUGGAUCACUUGUUGGAAGGUCACUCUGCGAUUUGUGGAUGAUCAGGAUUACUACACUUAUUGAAGGUGCAAUUGUUAAUAUGGAUGGAAAAGGUUUCAAGAAGCUCUUGCUGACAUUCUUAGCAGCACUACCAGCGAUAUCAGUGGUAAAUAAUUUACUUAAAUAUGGAAUUGGGGAGAUGAAGUUGAGGAUGAGAACGAACAUAACUCGAUAUCUACUGGAGCAGUAUCUAAAGGGAUUCACCUACUACAAGAUGACGAAUUUGGAUACACGCAUUGCCAAUCCCGAUCAGCUGCUCACUACCGAUAUUGAUAAAUUCUGCGACAGCUGCACUGAUCUCUACAGCAACAUUGCCAAACCAAUUCUCGAUAUUGGAAUUUAUGUUUACAGAUUGACGUCUUCUUUAGGUGGACAGACACCUGCAAUGAUGUUAGCGUACCUAGUGGUGGCGGGUACUUUCCUCACUCAUCUCCGAAAGCCCAUAGCUUCCAUGACAGCGAAGGAGCAGAGGCUGGAGGGUGAAUAUCGUCACAUAAACUCGCGAUUGAUAACGAAUUCAGAAGAGAUCGCUUUCUACCGAGGAAAUAAUCGAGAAAAGCUGACGCUCUUCACUAGCUUCCACAAAUUAAUCAAACACCUGCGUGGACUCCUAGAGUUUAAAGUGGCAAUGGGUGUUGUCGACAAUUUCGUUGGAAAAUAUGUGGCAACUGUUGUUGGCUUCUACGCUGUAAGCAUUCCAUUCUUCCAAAAGGAUCACCCAAUGCUCAGAGGCACUUCUCAACAUCGUUUCAAGCACUACUACGAGAAUGGCAGAAUGUUGGUGAAGUUGGCUGAAGCUAUUGGUCGUCUUGUUCUUGCUGGUAGAGAAAUGACACGACUGGCUGGCUUCACUGCACGUGUCACUGAAAUAAGGGGUGUUCUGCAGGACCUCAAUGAGGGAAAAUACCAAAGGACAAUGGUGGCCGAGGGAAAGAAUGAAUCGAUUGGCAAGCCUGGAUCCGGCAGAAUAGUUGCCAAGGACAAUAUCAUAAGAUUUGAGCAUGUACCACUGAUAACACCCAACGGGGAUGUUCUCAUCAAAGAUUUGAGCUUCGAAGUCAAGUCUGGAAUAAAUGUAUUGGUCUGUGGGCCUAAUGGUUGUGGAAAGAGCUCCCUAUUCCGUGUUUUAGGCGAGCUCUGGCCUGUGUGGGGUGGUACUGUGACGAAACCACCAAGUGGUAAACUCUUUUACAUACCACAAAGACCCUACAUGACCCUCGGAACCCUCCGAGACCAAGUUAUCUACCCCCACACUCAAGCAGAGAUGCUGAGGCGUGGAAAUGCGAAGGACGAAGAUCUUCAGAAAUAUCUCGACCUUGUGCAGCUUGGGCAUCUGCUGGAACGCGAGGGUGGAUGGAAUACGGUGGCUGAUUGGAUGGAUGUUCUUUCUGGAGGCGAGAAGCAACGAAUAGCUAUGGCAAGAUUAUUCUACCACAAACCCCAAUUUGCAAUUCUCGACGAGUGCACCAGUGCUGUGAGCAUGGACGUCGAGGACUCCAUGUACUCCUAUUGUCGACAGGCAAAUAUUACACUCUUCACGGUCUCCCACAGGCGAUCCUUGUGGAAACAUCAUGAGUACUACCUCCUGAUGGACGGCAGGGGAUCUUUCGAAUUCAAACCAAUUGAUCCGGACACCGAAGAAUUCGGAUCAUGAAUUAUCGUGUCGCUCGCGCCCGAUGGCUAGUAGCAAAUGUGUACAGGUGCGGUUGAAACUCAGAUUGAGAAAAACAAAGUAGCUUCAAUAUCGAGUAGAUAAUAUUGAUGAAAUUGAUGGGACACCCGCCUUGCACUGUCCAUCGACUAGAUAAGAACAAAUACCGAACAAGGGGCGCUUGUUGACAAUUGUGUAGAGUGAAACUUUAGCCACUAAAUUAAUCGAUUCAUACCAUCAUUUCAUUAUUCAUGAAUUUACGCUUUUAAUACUGAUAAUAGCAAACAUAUUGGCUGCCAGAGAAGAUUUUAAGCCGAUCUUUAUUUGAAAGUUGAGGAAUGAAUAAAAAUUUAUUUUUUAUUAUAAUUUUCAUUCAGAUAGAUUCUUAACAAAUCGAAUUUUAUUAUUAGAAUGAGAGAAGCAGCGGUAUGCAUAGUGGUAAUUUCAUGAAAGCAGUAACGUUACUCAUAGUUUGAAAUAGAUAAUUAAUUUAUUUUCACUCUACACAAUGAGAAAUUAACCCUGAGACCAACCAAUUACGAAUGUCGAUUUUAGACAUGAAAAUCUAGACAUUGACAAAUUUCUACAAUCAAAUUUUUUUAUUCUCCUUCUCACCUUUCUCCUCAUUCUAAACUAAAAUUCAUAAAAUUCGCACAUUAUCUAGGGUUGAUAGAUUUUAAAAAUCUGUUGAACAUUCGAGACAACAAUUAAACUAAAAACCAAGUAUUGUAAAUUUAGAGUUUUUACUUAAUACAAAUAAUAUGUUUCCUCCAAUAGUUUUUACGUUAUGAUUUUGGGAUGAAUGUAUUAAAACAUUCAUUCACAUUCCGAAAUCAGCUGCAGGGUAGGGUAGACGAUUAAAAUAUACCAGUCAUGGAGCCGAAUAAUCGAUACGUUUUUCGAACGUAUCGAAGCAAUUAAUGAAAGUGCCACAAAAUAUGGAAACGAAAAUUAUCAUGAGCGUAAUAAGAGUUAUUAUAUUUCUUGCGACAAAUUGUCGAAGGGUCUGAGGACUGAAUAAGCACGUGAUAAUUAUUGUAAUUUAGUUUAUAAAUUGGGUGAGAAAGUUUAUGGGAAUAUUAAGGUUAUAUCAGAUUGCUGGACAAUAGUAAAUAAAGAAAUUAUACGAAAAAAAA